AAGACCGUGGCUCCCUCCAUUAUAGUCACGUUGAGAAAAUUCGAGUAAACAAGAAAACCCAACAACAAGAAGAAGACAGCGACUCCUUACAACCACCCCCAGAAACCGUUAAACCGGAAGUUGAUCAGAGAGCCGAGGAUUGAUCAUGGAGGUCCGUCCCAAUCAGACGGCGGACAACUCGUCGGCGCCGCCGCAGCGUAGCCAGCGCAAUACCUCUCAGAAAAAGCCGCUGGCUUCUCCAAUUCCGGUCGACUCCUCCUCCGUUUCUCAAAGGCUUCAGAAGGAGUUGAUGUCUCUAAUGAUGAGUGGAGGAGAACUUGGAGUAUCGGCUUUUCCUGAAGGUGAGAGCAUUUUUACAUGGAUUGGCACAAUUGAAGGUGGAAAAGGAACUAUGUACGAGGAUUUAUCUUACAAACUGUCCUUGAGAUUUCCUAUGGAUUAUCCUUUCAAGCCACCACUAGUCAAGUUUGAGACAAUGUGCUUCCAUCCAAAUGUUGAUCAGUUUGGCAACAUAUGCCUUGAUAUUCUGCAGGACAAGUGGUCUUCCGCUUAUGAUUGCAGGACUAUUCUUCUCUCCAUUCAAAGUCUGUUGGGAGAGCCAAACCCAGAGAGUCCCCUCAACAGCUAUGCUGCUGCUCUUUGGAGUAACAAGGAAGAUUACAGAAAAAUGGUCCAGAAACAGUACUUUGCUGGAGAAUCAUUUGAGAGCUGACUCUUUACUAUGGAUGACAGAAAUAUGUCAUUUGGGCAGUCUUUCUUGAGCAGGGUAAAGUUUACAAUCAUAGAUAUAGUUACUUCGUCAUUGAGCAUUGGAAGUUCUUUAAACCUGCAGAAUUUGGUCGGUUUGGCCAACCUAGAAGAAACCGAAGGCAAUCGGAUUCUUGGGGCAACUCUGUUAAUAUUGGCCUCCUGUGAUUGUGAAAUAAAGACUAAGUUGUAAAUUUGUUCAAUGAAUUUGAUUACUUUUUCUCUACUGCUAAAGGGUUAAAGGGUUGGUGGCUGUUUUUUCUCCACGGGAUAUAUAGCCAUUUCUUUCAUCUCUUACUUUCAACAACUACAGAUGGGAAAGCAAAAUAGUUGUUCAAAUGAGUUUCUGUUUCAAUAUAUGGUCCUUUCACAGGGAUCACAAAAUAUUGAAUUCUUCCUCA